GUCGACCUCCAACAAAAGGCACCAGAAGAAGAAGAAGAAGACGCAGAAGAAGAAGAAGAAGAAGAAGAAGCAAAAAAAGAAGAAGAAGAAGCUUAAAAUGAUGAAAGGAAGUGAAUGAUGUGUGUUAAAUUAGUCUUGUCGCCGUUUCUAGAAGAUUCGUUGAGUUUCUCGCAAAUUUCCGGUAGUCAUGGAGGAAACCUUCAGUCGGUGGAAGAAACAGUGUCUGAACAAACUGGACCAGAGUAAGAAAGGCAGCGUGGAUGAAGACAUUGGACAUGUCGUGUCACUGCUCAACAGCCGCGAGGAGUUCUUCACCACCAGCUCAUGUUCCGGCAGAAUCGUCCUGGUGGACGCGGCUCCAGGAAGCAGCGACGUCCAGAAACAGAACUGUGUCUGGCUCUUCGUCUCACACCGUGAAUGCAGCUGUGAUGAGCUAAUGUCUGGUCUGUGCAGGUCCAGCAGAGAUGCUGUAUUGAAGUUUGAGCCUUUUGUGCUUCAUGUUCAGUGUCGGAAGCUGGAGGAUGCGCAGCUGAUGCACUCCGUGGCCGUCAACUCUGGCUUCAGGAACUCUGGGAUCACUGUUGGAAAGACGGGAAAGAUCAUCACGGCGGUCCGGAGCACCCACGGCCUGGAGGUCCCUCUGAGCCACGAUGGGAAGCUUCUUGUUGAGCAGGACUACAUCCACUUCCUGUCACAAACAGCCAAUCAGAAGAUGGAGGAGAACCUUAGACGCAUACACCGGUUUUACCAGAAUCUCCAGGCAGCCUUGUUCUCAGAAAAACCCCACCCCCCAGACCCUCUCUGCAACCUGGAACUGCAAGAACCCCCUCCCUCACCAGAGACUGAAAAACAUGGAAAAAGGAACGAGACAAGUGUGUAUAAACGGAGGCGGAGGAGACAACGUGAGCCUGGCUGUUACCAUGGUGACGGAGACAGGAGCCUGUUGGAGCUGGAGGACUGUCUGGACCUGUUGACAUGAACUGGGGGCUAAGUUUGUUGUGGACUGUAGAGGUUCUGUUGUUGGACAAAUUUAGGGCUGGUGUCCAUCAUCCACUGCUGGAAGACAAACCUGAGAUCUGCUGGCCUAAUAAAACCAGGUCUGUUUCAGUCUGGAUUCAAAUGAGUUUAUUCUGGAUUUAAUGUCUGUACUAAAACACAUGCAGCUAAGAGGUAGCUCAGAGUAACGUGGAUCUGAAUUAGUUCAGCAUGACAACAGCAGACUACUGCCGUACAAAAAAGGGCAAAAGAAAGAAAAAUAACCAAAUGAUUUGAUUUUUUUAAAUGUAUUUUACCACAAGAGGGCAGCAGUGUACGGAGAGAGAAAUGUGCCACAAUAAAAACAUAAAUACAGCACAGUAACUAAAUUUGUUUUUAAUUCAUUAAAACUGGUAAUAAACACACUAAAUAAAUUGAUAAAUAACUACUUAAUUUUAUCAUUGAUUUACUCAAACUGGAAAUAACUACAUUAAAUAAACACAUACUACUUCAAUGUGUAAAUAAU